AUGGCACGUGUGCCCAUACGCAGCGUUGCUGUAGACCACCAAUUUGGUUUCAAUGAUACUCUGCCUUCCAAUAUCGUCGAUGCGCUCCUUGCGCUGCCGUCUGGCCCCGAGCGCCACAUUCCCAAUGGCAUCAACGGUGGAAGCUCUGCGAAGCGUCGCAAGACUACCGAAGCGCCUCCGAACGACUCUAUAUGUGUGAAGAAAGGCUCGAUAUUCUUUACCCGUGCGAUUGAGCACCCCGAUCCGGCCGAUCAGAUUUCCGUCAAGCCUGACAUCGGACCCCACGUUCUCCUACAAUACAAUGGCAACCUGCUUGGUCUCGGAGCCCGUAACAAGGCUCUUGGUCUUCCCGAGUUUUCUGUCUUGAUAGAAAAUGAUCAUGUUGAAUCCGGAAUGGACCAUGUGUUCAAAGUUAUGCCCCGGCGAGCACUACGGAACGCUCAUGGAGCGCUGUGGACCAAGGUCGACGUUCGCCUCGAGAUUGCCCAACGCAUGCUUACCUGUACUAUUACGCUCAGCAUAAUGUGGAACGAAACUCCGUCGCCAUACUAUACCAUGCGAACAUGUGCUGAGCGAAAAGAGAGCCAUGCGAUUAUCGAUGCUUUUUUUCCUCGUUCAGACAUCAACUCUUCUGCUUGCUCCCCGAUGGACUUCUACGAAGCGGCUUACGUCCCCCCUGAAGAUAACCUAGAGCCAGCGUAUCUCGAGGUUCCAUCAUUAGCAGCAACACUUUUCCUAUAUCAGAAACGGACCCUCAAGUGGAUGUUGCAUCGCGAAGGCAUCAAAUGCACGCCUUCUGGCCUGGAACCUAUCCCAGAUACCGUCGCACAGCCAGAUUGUGAUACUUUUCGCCAAGUCAAGGACGCAGAAGGGAAUUUAUUCUACCUGAGUGAUGUGUUGCAUGCAGUCACGCGAAACAAGGCACCCUAUCACCUUGCCGAUAGAUUUAUGAAGGGGGGGAUUCUGGCCGAAGAAAUGGGUCUUGGAAAGACACUUGAGGUUAUCGGACUCAUCCUUUUGAAUCAGCGCCAAGACAUCUCUUCUCUGGACUCCCGGGAAGAUUCUGAUGGACUCUUGAAAACAAAUGCUACUCUGAUUGUCACGCCCGGAUCUCUCCGACAACAGUGGAUGGCAGAGAUUGCACGCCAUGCGCCGUCUCUCCGAGUCACCCACUACCAAGGAUGCAGGAAGCUUGAGGAAGGUGAAGAAAGUGCAGCAGUGGCCGAGCUUGCUUCGUUUGAUGUCGUUAUUACAACAUAUUCCGUUCUCUCCCAAGAGCUUCACUUUGCUACUGACCCGCCUGAACGUUCACGUCGCUUCGAACGAGCAUACACACGCCCUAAAUCUCCCCUGGUACAAAUAUCCUGGUGGAGAGUCUGUCUUGACGAAGCACAGAUGAUUGAAAGCGGUGUGAGCCAAGCUGCUUCAGUUGCCCGCGUUAUCCCGCGAAUAAAUGCAUGGGGCAUUACAGGAACCCCAGUGAAGGAUGAUGUCAAAGAUUUGUUUGGGCUGCUCUUGUUUCUUCGGUAUCAACCAUACUGCUAUGCAAAUCAAGUCUGGACUGCGCUCAUUUCAUCUCACAAGCCCCUGUUCCAGAAGCUGUUCCGAUCGCUCGCGCUGCGACACACAAAGGCACUCGUGCGCGAUGAGAUUCUUCUGCCACCUCAGAAACGCUAUGUUAUUAGUAUACCCUUCAGUGCCGUGGAGGAACAACAUUAUCAAAGCUUGUUCAAGGAAAUGACAGAAGACUGUGACUUGAGUUUAACUGGGGCGCCAAUGCUCGAUGGCUGGGUCCCCGAGGUAUACGAGGCGCGAAUGCGAACAUGGCUAACUAGAUUACGCCAAACCGCCCUUCAUCCGGAAGUCGGCGUGUAUAGUCGGCGUGUCCUCGGAUACAAUAAAGAACGACCAAUGCGUACAAUCGAGGAAGUGUUGAAUGCCAUGCUGGAGCAGAGCGAAACAGCUAUUCGCAAUGAAGAGAGGGCUUACUUGUCAGCGAAACUGACGCGCGGUCAGCUAUUGGAGAAUGGCCCAAGAGUAAAGGAAGCUCUCGCCCUAUGGGAAGAAGUCUAUGGGGAAACAGUGAGGCUUGUUAAGGAUGCCAGAGCUAAACUCGCCAACGGCAUAGCAGAACUGAAGAAAAUCCACGAGUCACAGCCAGAACCUGCUGUUCAGAAGGUACGCGACUCUGAUUCGGAAUAUCAGAGUGACACUGAUGUCAUUGAUUCGAGAGGAAAUAUCUCGGAAUUGCAACGACGCCUACGUUCUGCCCUGGAAAUACACCACAAGGCGGUUUUCUUCUGUGCCAACGCCAACUUUCAGAUGCGUGACAACGCUGAAAUGACAGAGCCAGACUCGGAAGAAUUUCACCGCCUCAAGAAGCUCGAAGAUGACGGCUACGAAAGCGCCAAGGCGCUGCGACGAGAAAUUUUGCAAGAAAGCUAUCGCAAAGCAAACCGCCAUAUGACUAGCAUCAAGAAAAAGGCCGCUAGCCAGACAUUUGUGGAGGUACCUGAGCUUGAUGUUAAACCGGGGAAGGGCAUAGAGAGCGGCAGGGUCAUUGACCGACUGGAAGUGCUCUACGGAGAGCUCAACGAGCAAGCAAACAUCAUGGAUGAAUGGCGAGAGCAGGUGGUGCAGCUACUUCUUCAGCCUUUACUCGAUGAAGAGGAUGACGUCGAGCUUACUGGUGAAGAGCUUGUGGAUUCUGCAAAGUUUCAAGACGAUUUGAUGGUCUAUGUGCAGGCUUUGCGAAGCGUCAUUGCAGAUCGUCAAGAUGCUAUAUCUGGGCAAACAAACGAGCUGGUCAAGCACGAGACUGAGACAAGUAUCAAACUGGCGCAAAAUGGUGGCGGUCCCGCCCCAGUGAAGCUGCUCACCUUGCUCCAAGUCAGAAAGCAGAUGAAGCCUCAUCGCUCAGAGAUAUCGAUGCGCGGCGCCAUCGGCGAGCUUCGUGGCCUGCAAAGUCGUCUGAACCGAGAUGCCCCUAGCAGCAGCCGUGAAGCCGUGGAGCUGCAGAUUGUCUCGGAUCAUCUCAAGCACACGCAAGCGCUGCUGACCCGGCAAAACAAGGCAGCGACGGCGCUUGAGUCCGAGAUUGAGAGCUUCAAAGACGCCAUGAAUGCGCGCCUCGAGUACUACCGCCAGCUGCAGGUCGUGUCCGACGCGGUUCUGCCCUACCAAGGCGAGAAGACGGCGCACGUCGAGGAGCGCGUGCACAAGCUGGAGCAGGACGCGCACAAGAAACUCCUCUCCAGCGAGGCCAAGCAACGGUACCUGAUGAACCUCAAGGAAGCGGGUGAAGGUGGUGGUGGCGGACCCGGCGGCAGCAAGUCCAACGAGCCGCGCAUGUGCAUCAUCUGCCAGUCGCCGUUUGUGACGGGCGUGCUGACCGUAUGCGGGCACCAGUUCUGCAAGGCGUGCAUGAUGAUGUGGUACAAAUCGCACCGCAACUGCCCCGUGUGUAAGAAGCAGCUCAAGCCCGAGCAGCUGCACGACAUUGCCAUUAAGCCGCAGCAGCUGCAGAUCCUGAGCGAGGGCAGCCGCACCAGCAGCGCCGACAAGCCCCGGGCGGAGCGCCAGCCAGCCAACAGCGCCAGCGGCCUGCGCAACGGCAUCAUUUACAGAGAGUUCAACGCCGACAAGCUCGCCGAGAUCAAAAACGUUGACCUCGACGGGCCGUCCUUCACCACAAAGGUGGACACGCUCGUGCGGCACCUGCUAUGGCUGCGCGAGUCCGACGCGGGCGCCAAGUCGAUUAUAUUUUCGCAGUACCGCGACUUUCUCGCUGUGCUGCACAAUGCGCUGCGGCGGUUCCGCAUCGGCUACGCCUCCGUCGACGAGCCCAGCGGCAUCGCGCGCUUCAAGAGUGACCCGGCCGCCGAGUGCUUCCUGCUGCACGCGCGCGCGCACGCGUCCGGGCUCAACCUCGUCAAUGCCAGCCACGUCUUCUUGUGUGAGCCGCUGCUGCACACGGCGCUCGAGCUGCAGGCCAUUGCGCGCGUCGACCGCAUCGGCCAGCAGCACGAGACGACCGUCUGGCUGUACCUCGUCUCGGGUACCGUUGAGGAGUCCAUCUACAACCUGUCAGUGCGGCGCCGCAUGGAACACAUGGGUCGGGCGGUGACGAUGGCGGCCAACGGCAGCGGCAGCGGUGGGAGUGGUGGGAGUGGUGGGAUCAAAGGUAGGAAGACGGCGGCGGCCGCCAAGGCGGCCACGCCGGAACCGCUCGAUGCGAGCAUCGACGAGGCCAACACGCUGGAGCUGGAGCAUGCGGCGCUGUCCAAGCUGAUGAGCAAGGACAAGACGGCGGGCGAAAUGGUCGACAAGGGGGAUUUGUGGGAGUGUUUGUUUGGCAACGUGCAGGACGCCGAGGACACUGCCGAGGCAAACGGUAGUGCCGGGACCAGCGACGAGCGCUUCGAGAAACGCGCUAUCAUGUCGUACCUGGCUGCGGAGGCCGCAGGGUCGCGAAGUAACGAGUAA